GCGUGUGCGCGCUUGAGCGCGUGUGUCAGUCAGUCAGUGAGCGCUAGAGGAGGCAGCAGUGGCGCAUCUCACAUAUCCGCCGCUGGAAUAUAACGGCCGCCUUUAGGAUGUGAACGGUUUUCGGCCUCGCCACCGGCCAAAGCUUCCGUUAUCCCAUGACAAACGGAUGCGAACAGAGAGAGCGCGCGCGUGACAGCGAACGGUACAGAGAAGCGGAGAGAUAAUCGUUAUUAUUAUGAGAAAAGAGGACGGGGCUGUCGGAGCCGUAUUUGUUUUGCUCGCGGAGAUGAGGCGGGGGGUAGCGAGUCGCUACAAAAUCGUUGGGCUCCGGCCAAGCAUUGCUCUCUUUUAGCACACAUAUAUACCCGUUUCCAUCGACCACAGACGCUUUUAAUCGUUACGGUUUGCAUCACAUCAAAAUAAUGCAGCUGUCUCGAGGACAUCUGUGAGAUUUGCGGACUGCUGGUACCGCUGCCAUGACAGACGCAGGCUUUACGGCUCAACCGGUUACCGAGCAGGCGGUGUGAGAGAAGCCCGGCCCCAGCUGCAGCAGCACGGCGGAUGUGGGCUGCCUUUAAAGGGGAUAUUAAAUCUGUAAAUACAGUUCGCGUUAUUCAUCGCUAAUCGUUUGCAAUCUCAGGGAAAAUGUCCUCUCGGUCUGCUUUACCGUCUGCGAACGACCGGAGCACAGAUCAUCAUGCGUCUCUGGUCUCGAGUCGUUCAGAAAAAGGGACAAAUGUGUCAAGUCGUUCACUGGGCGCAAGGUGUCGUAACUCCAUGGCCUCUUGCUCAGAAGAGCUGCCACAUAUUGGAAACUAUCGCCUCCUUAAAACCAUUGGCAAGGGAAACUUUGCUAAAGUCAAACUAGCACGCCACAUCCUCACAGGCAAAGAGGUUGCAAUAAAGAUUAUUGACAAAACUCAGUUGAACCCAACCAGUCUACAAAAGCUGUUCAGAGAGGUGAGAAUUAUGAAGACACUUCACCACCCCAACAUAGUGCAACUUUUUGAGGUUAUUGAAACCGAGAAGACGCUUUAUCUUAUAAUGGAAUAUGCAAGUGGAGGUGAGGUAUUUGAUUACCUGGUGACUCAUGGGAGAAUGAAGGAGAUUGAGGCUAGAGCCAAAUUCAGACAGAUUGUUUCAGCUGUUCAUUACUGUCACCAGAAGAAUAUAGUUCACAGAGAUCUAAAGGCUGAGAAUUUGCUGCUGGAUGCAGAUUCUAAUAUAAAGAUUGCUGACUUCGGCUUUAGUAAUGAGUUUACAUUGGGGAAUAAGUUGGACACGUUCUGCGGUUCCCCGCCUUACGCAGCUCCAGAGCUCUUUCAAGGCAAGAAGUAUGAUGGUCCAGAGGUGGAUAUCUGGAGCCUAGGGGUCAUCCUGUACACAUUGGUCAGCGGGUCUCUGCCUUUUGAUGGCCAAAACCUCAAGGAGCUGCGUGAGCGUGUUUUGAGGGGAAAGUAUCGCGUGCCCUUCUACAUGUCCACAGACUGUGAGGGGAUUCUGCGCAGGUUUCUUGUCCUCAAUCCCACCAAACGUUGCACUCUAGAGCAAGUGAUGAAGGACAAGUGGAUGAAUGCAGGGUAUGAUGCUGAUGAGCUAAAGCCUCACAUUGAGCCAGUGGAGGACUACAGUGAUGCCAACCGCAUUGAGAUUAUGGUCGGGAUGGGUUUUACCACAGAAGAGAUUAAGGACUCUUUACUCAAUCAAAAAUAUAAUGAAGUCACGGCUACGUAUCUGUUGUUGGGCCUAAAAACAGAGGAUGGUGCUGAGUCUCGAGUGAGUGGCAGUAUGACAUUGCCACGGGUGCGCCCAAGCCCAAUUACCAACGGAACCAACAAGCACCCCUCUUCUUCAUCAUCUUCCUCCACCUCACACAGCAAGACUCAGCGCAGCGCCUCUACCUAUCAUCGUCAGAGACGGCACAGUGACUUCUGUGGUCCCAGCAUGCCUGUUAUGCACCCUAAGCGCAGCCCGACCAGCGGCGGAGAUCGCGAGUUGCGCGAGAGUCGCAUGCCACCUCGGAAGGCCAGCUGCAGUGUAAUGGGCAGUCGGACGCUCCCCCCAUCCAGCCCGAUGGUCAGCACCGCUAACAACCCCAACAAGGCGGAGAUACCUGACCGGCGCAAGGAGAUGACGGCCACCACUAAUAAUAUCCCAGGAAGUACUAUGACCCGCAGGAACACCUACGUAUGUACAGAUCGUUCUAGCACUGACCGCCACUCGCUGCUUCAAAACGGCAAAGACAACAGCUCUCUGUCUCACCGCCUCCCGCCAACCUCUCCCUCCACCCUCAGUAUUGUCGGAGCAGGAGCCUCCUCAUCCUCUUCCUCAGGCGAGCGCUGUCGGCUGACACGUGGAUCCACAAUCCGAAGCACCUUCCAUGGAGGUCAGCUCCGUGAUCGCGUGCCACCCACGUAUGGACCGCCACCCACAUCACCCACUCUCAGCCAUGAUGCUGGAGCCUUGCCAUCCAACGCCCGCAGCCGGGCCACUUCUAACCUGUUCACCAAACUCACCUCCAAACUCACACGCAGGGUCAAUCUUGACCCCUCUAAACGCCAGGGCUCUAAUAAAUCAGUGUCGGGUUGCACUCUUCCACAGGGAUCCAAAACAGUUAGUAAGGUCACAAAUGAAUCUGAGGGAAUCUGCAGAUAUCCGGUCACAAGUGGCCAUUUAUUUGGGGAUCAAAAAGCGUCCCAGCCCUGGGCCGGGGGAGGGGGGUGGGAUGUAAGGAGUCAUCUCUCCCGUCCCCCCCGGGCCCCUGCAGAAGUGGUACUGGCCUUGCGUGAGGCAGCGAGGGGGUGUGGCUGCCAGGUCCGGCACGCUGGCCCGUUUCUGCUGUGCUGCAGUCAUGGGGCGGCAGGGUCAAAGGUCGCCUUCCAAGCUGAGGUGUGCCAGCUGAGCGUGGGUCCUGCAGAGGCAAACGGAGUACGCUACACACGCUUGUGGGGGGCUCCCCUCGCCUUCAGGCACAUCGCUUCGCAGAUCUCUAGAGAGGUGGAGCUUUGAGGGGAUGGGGGAGGAAAUUCGACUUGGAUACGCCCCCACACUAUAUCUAUAGCGAACUGACUUUGACCUGCCCACCUAUGUGUUAUAGACUUAAAACAACAUGUGCUCCCUCCUCCGGUCAACGGUGAAAUUGUUAAGACACACAUUUACGUAAGCAAACACAGUCACUUGAAAGGCACGGACCAUCUAAACGACAAAAACAAGCACACCCCCUUAACAAGAAUACACAUACACCCACACUGAGAGCAGCCUCAUUCACUGGAUCCAGAUUGAAUCCAGUUUAGUAUUUUUAUUCUCAUUGUAGUCAUGAAAUUCUUCAAUAAUUGAUGUCAUAUUCUUUUUUUAACCACUUUUGUAUGUUUUCAAGCAGUCUCGACAUUUUAAACGGGUCAUCGUCGUUUUUUUUUAUGUUUUUGUGAUUAAUGUGUCUUACAUUUGUUAACACACAACUUAUCGAAUCUUUGAAAAAAUGUAGAACUGUAGCUGCCAAUGAACUAUAUGCACAAAUAUGAAGUUGGCAAACAUCAUCAUAGCUCACCCAAAUUUGCCGGUGUCCACAGAUUUGAUGAGGCUAGACGCCGAUCCAUCACAGACUCAUAGUGGACACGCUACACCUUGUUUUUGAGUUCGCGAAAUUUUCCUUCCUAGAAAAUGUGUUUUCUGAAGUAUAGUGCCAGUUUACUUAUUACCUUGAAAUGAUUUAUUAUUCAGAUAUAGAAAAGAGACAUGUAAUGCCAAAUGACUUGACCCUUCUCAAACAGGCUUUGUGAUUGGUUGAUACCUCUUUACUUGUUGACAGUUGACAUCUUUUUGAUUAGGUAUAUACGGGGUUGAGCUUGCAGCAUGUUUGAUUGUGUAAAGUAAGGAAGAUUCGGCUCUAAGCAAUCACUGUUAUUAAAGACGUACCUCCUGCAUUGUGGAUAUCUAAAUAAAACUUUCACAUAUUAUUCAAAUGUCAAACAAAUCCAAACCAGAAUUUCUAUUGUGUAUGUGCACUAUUUAACAAAAUGCACCUACAGAAAAAAAUAAUUGUUUUUAAACAUUACCUAAAUGCACCAGCUAUCUUAAAUGCAGGAAACUGUCAUGCAGGAGUGCAGGGAACGGUUUAGUGCUCUUACUGCUGAAUAGAUUUUUGUGUAGGGGCAAAUGCACCAACGGGGCUCGGAAAAGUGUCUGUACAAGCUAGUCUUUAGUUUUGCUUCAUUUCAGCCUUGUCCUAUCAGUGCAUUAUAACUGAGUUACCCUAUUGUUGCCCAUCAAGGAGUCUUACUGGCUUAAAAAAAUAUAUUUGGGUACCCGCAAUGUUUUUGUAACCAUCUCGGAAUCAACUUCCUAGUGAUGUAGAUGUGAGACCUGAAUAGAAGUUAUAUGCUGCUAUGGAUUUUAACUGCUUAACAAUCUUUUAUAAACUAUUAUAAAAGGACCCUGGUUUUUGCCAAGCAUUAAAAUGAAACGAUUUUACUAUUGGGUGUAACAAACGUGUUAUUAUUAGUGGUUGUAAUGGUGCAAUAGCAAUAGAUGUUAUACUGUUAUAAAGUCGUUUGUGUUUUAUUUAUAGCCAUGCUUAGGCCCUGUUGGUGCUGCCAUGGACAGUAUAAUAUAAGAGCGUAUGUGAGUAAUGAAACAGAUUUUCAAUCAAGAAUUGGACAGCAAUGUCAAACAGAUAUAUAUAUAUAUAUAUAUAUAUAUAUAUAUAUAUAUAUAUAUAUAUAUAUAUAUAUAUGAUAGUUCUUGUUAGUUCAGUUAUAGUUCAGGAUUGUUGUGAUGGGCAGUGACCCUUUGAUUGGUUGAAGUUGUCACUACGCUGUCAUGUGUGACAAUACUAAAGAUUUAAUCGUUUACUUGAGAUUCUAGUUUGUGUUCGAUAUAAAUCAUUGCUUUUUGCAGCAAGUACGUCAAAGGCUACAGUGUUCUUGUGCUGGGCAACAGCGAUGACCGACUUUACAGGUCAUUUACAGGUCUCGCUGUGGUGCUUCACCUUGACACUUAGCCACAUACUGGCCGUUUCUCGAUCCAAAGGCUGAUCUGAUACGUCAUCAAGCCUGAUUUAUUUAAGUUUACUGAGCAACUUACAUUACACUCAUAUUACAACAAUUUAUGAUGAACUAAGAAUAAUAGUCAAGUGUUUAUAUUCUGAAAUAGGACAGGCUUGAUGAUGUCGCCUUCGGAUUGAGAAACAGCCAGUCCUCACCAUGCAACUCUGUCAUGAUCCAUUCUCUUUCCAAUUCACUUUUUCUGUUAUCCUGUUCACCUUUUCUCUGCCUUUGUGCUGCACAUUUGGAAAGACACCCGGUUUCUCCUCGUCCGCUUGCUGAAUCAAUGGAACCCCCUUGUCAUUGUUCUGUCAGUUUUGGACUCCUGUUGUGGAGACACUGAACAGCGUAACAAGUCCUGGACCAGGUCUGGACUGCUGUGUCUGGAUCUUUAUCUCUUAGAUGUCCAUUAAGACCUCUGUGCACUCAUGUUGACUUGAAUCAGCUGCAUCCUACAGCUUUGUGGGUAGUACCCAUAUUUGGCCACCGGAAGGAGCCAAUGUCUUAAAUGUGAACACUUCGAUUUGUGUAUAUUUGCACAGGUACUUAAUUUAUUUUCUAGAAUAAUUAUCUUGGGAGAAAAAAUAUGUGGUUUAUAUCAGUCAGAGUCAUGACUGUAUAUAAAGAUUAUGAUACUGAUGAUUAUAUUGUGAGUAUAGUAUUUAAAGUAUCUUAGAACUCCAGGUUAACUCAUAGCUAGAGCAGAGAGCCUCUGCUAGCUCUUCAGACGUUUCUACUGUAUGUGUACUGAAGUGAAACACUAACCUGCAAUCCUGCAUGAUUCAGAGAAAGGAUGGAGAAAAUAUACACGUAAAAUAACAGAAAGAGCAAAAGAAUAAUGGGGAGGGAGAGAGCAAGCGCGUGUUUGCUGGUACGUGUACGCGUAUGCAUGAAUGUGCGAAUGAGAGGCCUGUGUGUGAGUAUUAUAGCCCUUCUCUAUCUCUCUCUCUCUCUCUCUCUCUCUCUCUCUCUCUCUCUCUCUCUCUCUCUCUCUCUCCUGGUAGUAAAAUGUUUAUGUAAGAAAAUUAAAUUAUAACAGACCUUUGGUUUUACAGCCAUACUUGGCCUGGAGUGAAUAAGCUUAAGUGUGCUGGUACGAAUGAGCUUUAUGAUGUUUGAGGCAUUUGAAAGAAUAUUAUAGACACAAAUGAGAAAGUUUUGAGUCGGCGUGUUCUGUCUGAACAGUAAAAUCUCCAGCUCAGUGUUUGUGCUAUUCGUCAUGUGAAUCGUCUGCUAUAAUGUUGGAUUUCUCAUGAUGCAUUCAGCUAAUAUGCAAUAUGAUAGAAAACCUUCAGGUGGGCAAAUUGUGUAUAUGAGAGAGAGCAAGGGAGAGACAAAUUCAAUACUUGAUGCUGUUUGCAGUAAGUGAUUUUUUUUCCCGGAGGUGUUUGCACCUCUGGCCAAAUAUUAAAAUGGAAACUUGAGAGAAAUAAACUUCACUGAUGUUG